CCCGAAAUCAAGAAGAGAGAGAGAGAGAGGGGAUUUUAGAGAGAGAAACUGUUCAACGUCCAGUUCCACUCCUUUCUUUAUCCUCUCUCAGCUAUGUUGAAGGUCCCUUGCAAUGUGACUGACCAAAUCCAUGUUCUUUCCCAAUGUAGACUCCUUACACCUCCUACACGCCUCUUCUCCUCCUUCCGCCGCCGAAAUUUCGCCUCCGUAUGUUCUCCGGUGACCAAAACUCCGGUUGUGGCUGCUGUUGUUUCCGAUAGAGGUGAAGCCAGUGUUCUGAGUGGUUCUAGUAGCUUGGCGGAUCGGCUUCGGCUCGGAAGCUUGGCAGAAGACGGAUUUUCUUAUAAGGAGAAAUUCAUAGUGCGGUGUUACGAGGUUGGAAUCAACAAGACCGCUACUGUUGAAACUAUUGCUAAUCUGUUGCAGGAGGUUGGUUGCAACCAUGCUCAGAGUGUUGGAUUUUCCACAGAUGGUUUCGCCACAACCCCCACCAUGAGGAAAUUACAUCUCAUAUGGGUAACAGCACGCAUGCACAUUGAAAUUUACAAGUACCCAGCGUGGAGUGAUGUGGUUGAAAUUGAGACAUGGUGUCAAGGGGAAGGGAGAAUCGGAACUAGACGUGAUUGGAUACUUAAAGAUUAUGCAAAUGGUCAAGUUAUAGGAAGAGCAACAAGUAAGUGGGUGAUGAUGAACCAAGACACUAGACGGCUUCAGAAAGUUAGCGAUGAUGUUCGUGAUGAAUAUUUGGUUUAUUGUCCACAAGAGCUCAGGCUAGCUUUUCCUGAGGAGAAUAGUAGUAGCCUGAAGAAAAUUCCGAAACUGGAAGACCCUGGUCACUAUUCCAGAAUUGGACUAAUGCCUAGGAGAGCAGAUUUGGACAUGAAUCAGCAUGUCAAUAACGUCACCUACAUUGGAUGGGUUCUGGAGAGUAUGCCUCAAGAAAUCAUCAACAGCCAUGAACUUCAGACAAUCACGUUAGACUACAGACGAGAAUGCCAACAAGACGAUGUAGUGGAUUCUCUUACGAGCGUGGAGGAAGUCGAGAACGGCAGCAAAACAGUUACAGAGCUCAAUGGAACAAAUGGUUACAUUUCCAGUGACAAACAAGAUGACCGUCAGUUUCUUCAUCUACUAAGAUUAUCAAGCGACGGACUCGAAAUCAACCGAGGGCGCACCCAGUGGAGAAAGAAACAACAGAGAUGAGGGUAAUGUUCUGUUCUUAUCCAUAUGAUGUUGUAUUUGGGAUCCCAUUUUUGCUUUCUUUUUUCCACUAACACUAUCAUUUUCCUCUCAAAUUUUGCUUUUGAGUUCUUGUCAACUGUUGGUACACUGUAGUAAGUGUUGAGUGUGGAGUCAGUCUAGAAUCAGUCUAAUAGAGUCAGCAAGUUGAAUGUAUGUGAUUUUGAUAGAACAAUAUCUCAAACACAUUAUAACUUAUUUUUCUUCCCCCCUUGAAAAAGUCUCUUUUUGUCUUGUGAUGUG